AUGGCAUCUAGGGGUAGCAAGUCUUCCGGACACCACGGCUCAGGCGCUAACCCGGACCAAGCUAAGUAUCAAAAGUAUCUCGACCAACUGAACAGUCUGUUCCCGUCGCCAGCACCUCCUGCUCCCCCAGUACCUCCUGCUCCUCCGGUGUCUGAUCCUCCAGCACCGCCCGCCCCUCCACCUCGGCCGCGUCAAGAAAUCGGCAGCCUCUUCGCUAGUGUUUGGCAACCCUCACGCAACCCGUGCCACCACCCUCUGCCUCGCUACCUCGGCGGGGACAUGAUAUCACAGGAGACUCGAGUCGCCGCUGGCAACGCGGCGACCCAUCCGAACCCGUAUCUUGACGUACCUAGCUGGUGGUCCUACUUCUUCGGUGGCGGCUUUUCAUGGCGCUGGUUCUCCAGCCCCCACCUCUACUUUCCCUCAAACCUCGAAUACCUGCCAAGCCCUACCACUUUCACUGUCAUUGAUGGGUUAGGCCGAGAGAAGACGUACGAUAAGCCGUUCGAGUGCUACAUCGACCCAUUCACCGGCAAGAUCAAGGAACUCUACGUCCAAGCUCCGGCCUCUCUCUGUCACCUGUCGGCCAAGUCUCCAAACGCUACAUGGAGACGCACGCCCAUCCGGAAUGCCACCUCCACCCUCCUCCGCAUAGCAAACCUUCCAUACCGCCUCAUUCCACUAGAGCGGAGGGGCGACGUGCACAGGUUCACGGCCCGCGACUGGCUGACCCUCAUCCUUAUGUGGAUUCCUUCCGUGACUAUCUUCUGGCUGGUGAUGGCGAUUGGCACCGACUCAAGCCCCCCUGAAGGGAAGGAUCCGACACGGUACCUCCCCCUGCUGUACAGCGGGCUUCGAUACCCUCGGUUGGCGCGCAAUAUCCUCGAGAACCGCGAACAAGUGGCCCAACGGCUCAACGGUUACGCCACCUGGAACACAGAGACGGCCCUCUCCACCUACCGGACCUUCCGGCCCCGCUUUCUGAAUUAUUUAGUCGAGGUUGAGGGGAACGGGCAGCCGACAUACCACUACGAGCGCCCGACCGACCACGCCGAUGGUGACAAUGAUGACCUGGAAGCUCUUCUUGCCGUGGGGACAAAGGCAGCCGCCGAGCACUUCGGUCUGCUACCUCGUGACCCAGAACAAAAGGCGCUGCCCCUGGAUCUGGAAAAGGAACCGAGAGCGUUCUGGGUAGCAGCAAAUUGCAUGCCAUACAACGAAGUCACUGACGAAGAUGGGAGAUCCCGCAAGGUAGAAGGGCUUGAACAAGAGAGACUUGGGAACCAAGAUACAGAUUCUUCCUUCCAGGCAUUCGCGCGGCUGUCGCUCCCCCAAGACAGCGACAGGCUCAUGGAGCGUCUCAUCUGCCUCUUGCCAGAAACGCCGGGCCAGAACUGGGAGCUGAUGACGGAUCAGUACAAGGCCAGCCUCUGGGACAUCUACCCCGAUACUCAAGUGUGCGGAAUUGGCGAGAACGACACGGUGGUGGUGGACAAUGCAAGAGGGGCACAGAUUCAGUGGUCCGGCUUCAACAAGAUUCGUCUGCGGAAUAAGCUGACCUUAAAGCGCAUGCUUUUUCUCGGCCUGAUCGUCCACUCGCCUCUUAUCUUUCUGAUGGGCGCUAUCUUCGUCGGCACGACCGACCGGACCAAAUCCGAUUACUUCGGUUUCCGCCCAGGGAACCAACCCAACCCUCUCUACCAAGCGGGCGUCGCCAUCAUGCUCAUCACGCUCUUCCUCUUCAUCCUGCCGGCGCCGUACUUCAUCUGGAACCUGUACGCCGGCAAGAUCUGGUCCUCGGAGCCGUGCUUCUUCGGCAUCGAAGGGUACGUGCCCAUCGAGGCCAUCGAGGAACGACUCUUCGGGCCGCUGGGAGAGAAGGACCGGCGCCUGCACUGGAGCGCCUGGGGCUCGCCGCUAUCACGCCACCGCGAGGGCACACCGCAACAAGAACGCGCCGUCCAGUACCAAGACGCCGACACCGACGCCGACAUCGACAACCCCAACCCGCCCACCUCCACCACCGCCCUCCUCCCCCCAGACCAACCCACCACCACCACCACCACCACCACCACCACCACCACCACAAUCCUCUCCAUCACCUCCCUCCCCACCUACCCCAUCCAAACCCUCGACCCCACCGCCCCCUGCGCCCUCUGCACCGCCAACAGCACCUCGCACUGCCCGUCCCACCCCACCAUCCCCUCCCUGCAAACCCUCUCCCACACCAGCCCGAUGGGCGCCCCGAAAGUCUUCACCCUCGUCGACACCUUCGCCAUGACAGCCACGCUCUUCUACGCGGCCCGCCCGCCGACGGUGCUCGUGAUCGGCGGCAGCGAGGGGGGCAUGAAGCGCGCGAUUGCGUGCUCGCUGGACGUGGCGACGGGGACGCUGUGCCGGGAGACGGUGCUGCGGCUGCCGUCGCAGAGCGUGGAUUGUAUGGAGCGGUUGCCGAGGGUGAGGUUGGGGUUGGGGAGGCCGUUUUGUUUGAGGGGGAUGUUGGGGUUGUGA